AUGCACAGCUACUGCCCAAAACCUCCCACUCUACUCAGAGCUCUCACGCUGCUCCAACCUGCGGCACUUUUAGACAACAAAACGCAUGAUUUCAAAAACUAAAACAGGCUCAUCAUUUUAACUCAAGAUCACUCCACUCAUUGUUUUUCAUUUUGGACAUUUCACCAGAUUUUUUUCCUAGCCUCAAAUGUGGACUGUAUAAGACUUUGCAUUCAUCUAAUCUCAUUCAAACUGGAUCUAGACAUUCAUGGACAACACCAUUUUCUGGGAUUAAUUUUCAUGUGUUUUUGGUGAAUUGUUUUGAUCGUUUUUUCAGAUUUUGGACUAAAACUCAAGACUGAAGAUGGGGACUGGAGGUAGACUGGUUUUGUUACUGUGUUGGAUCCAGGUGUGGAGUUGCGCCCAGGCGUGGAAAGCAUCUCAACCCAGACUGCAGCUCACGUAUUCAGAGCUGCAGCAGAACGGCCGGAUCAUCACGCUGCCGCUGGAGGCCGGACACGUGCACUCCCUGCUCCCGGACGACGACGGGAAGAAACUGUACGUGGCCACCAAGGACACUCUGCUCUCCGCCAACCUGGACGACAUCAGCCACGACCCACGCAAGCUGUUCUGGCCCGCGAGUCCAGACCGGGUUCAGGACUGUCUCAUGGCCGGGAAAGACCCUGAGACGGAGUGUGGUAACUUCCUACGUGUGCUGCAGCCGUUUAACCAGACUCACCUGUACGUUUGUGGGACCGGAGCCUUUAAUCCAAGAUGUGCUUUCAUCCACACUGGACUCUUCCAACAGUCAGAGCAGCAGGUCCUGUCCUACAGUCAGACCGAAUGUGGCAAAGGAAAGUGUCCAUACGACCCUCUUCAGAAGACCGCCUCUGCUGUCGUGGAUGGGGAGCUGUACGCGGGCAUCACCUCCGACUUCAUGAGCCGAGACUCCGCCUUCUUCCGUUCCCUUGGCAACCGCCGCGUGAUCCGCACCGAGCAGUACGACUCCAACUGGCUGCAAGAUGCCCAGUUCAUCCGCGUGUCUCCUCUGUCUGAGACGGACAACCCAGAGGAUGAUAAGGUUUACAUGUUCUUCACCGAGCGCGCUCAGGAGUCCGAGGGGUCAGAGGGCAAAGUCAUUUACUCACGCGUGGCCCGGGUCUGCAAGAAUGACAUAGGCGGACAGAGGAGCCUGGUGAACAAGUGGAGCACAUUUCAGAAGUCCAGACUGGUGUGUUCUGUCCCGGGACCAGACGGACUCCAAACCCACUUCAACCAGCUGCAGGACAUCUUUAUUCUUCAUGGCAAAGACAAGAAGAACCCCCUGAUCUACGGCCUCUUCACCACCUCCAGCGACAUCCUGAACGGCUCUGCGGUCUGUGUGUACCGCAUGGAGGACGUGGUCAGAGUUUUCAAAGGAAACUUCCUCCAUAAAGAAGGACCUCAGUACAAGUGGGCCGAGUACACGGGACACAUCCCCUACCCACGGCCAGGAACUUGUCCCAGUAGCACCUAUGGGAGCUACAGUUCGACUCGGGAGUACCCAGACGACGUGAUCUUCUUCAGCCGUACCCACCCUCUGCUCCAGGAGAAUGUCAUGCCCGUUGGAGAGCGCCCCCUGCUGUUCAGAGUGGGAGUCCAUUACAAGUUCAGUAAGCUGGUGGUGGACAGAGUGGAGGCCGUGGAUGGGACCUACGACGUUCUCUUCAUCGGGACAGAUUCUGGUUUGGUGCUGAAGUCCAUCCACUUCCCCAAAGAACAUGGCCAGGGUCAGGAGGUCACUCUGGAGCAGAUGCAGGUUUUCCAGCACAAGUCUCCAGUGACGGCCAUGACACUCUCCAAGAAGAAGCAGUGGUUGUAUGUCGGGUCUGGAGAGGGCGUGUCCCAGCUCUCCCUGUAUCACUGUGAGAUGUACGGUCAGGCCUGCGCCGAGUGCUGCCUCGCCCGAGACCCGUACUGCACCUGGGACGGGCACGCCUGCAGCCCCUACAUGCCCACGGUCCGCAGGCGAAACGCUCGUCAUCUGGGAGAAGAGGAGGACCCACUCACCCAAUGCGUCAGACAAGGAGCUGGUCUGCAGGUGGAGGCGGAGCAGCGCGUCAUGAUGGUCGCGGAGGGAAACAGCACAUACCUGGAGUGUCUGCCCCGCUCCAGACAGGCCUCAGUCACAUGGUACAAGCAGGCCGGAGAGAACAGCCCCGAGCUCAACCAGGUGUCGUCAGGUGACCAGGUCCUCGUCUUCGAUCGCGGCGUCCUGAUCCGCCGCGCCGAGCUGUCCCACGGCGGCGUCUACCACUGUCAGGUGGAGGAGCACGGCUACCACUGGACGGCGGUGACGGUCCGCCUCGCCGUCUGGAGCCCCUCGGCCAACCGCAUCCGGGCGUCCCUUCCCUCCUCGGCCUAUCAGAGCGCGGGGCCCUGGUACGACGACGUCAUGGCGCUGGUUACCCCGGGCAACAUCGCGCAGCACUGUAAGGCGCUGGGAUUCAGGCCACCCAAGGGACACCGGAGGCACAACGCGGGCUUUCUGAGGGAGAAGAGCCAGUACAGAGGAGGGCAAAGGUCAGCCGGGAGGAAGAGCAGGAGUAAGCCUCAGCUCCGAGCACCCAGGAGCACCUGAACGCACCACCGAUGAAACGCCAGGGUCCUGAACGCAACACAGAGGAGACUGAGAAACAUGUACAGACGUAAAUUAAGCACGUAGAGAAAUGCAGGCUCAGACUAUAGGCAAGUUCUGUUUCCCCAAUAUUUUUUAUUUUAUUUUAUUUUUCAGUUUGGGGAAAAUUGAACGAAUAUUACUUAGUUACUUUUUUAUGUUUAUUAUUUUUUUAUUUGUCUUUUAAGGUCUCAAAAGAUCAGAAAAAAGCAGUUAUGUGUAUAGUACAAAGUGAAAAUUAAAGUGGGACCCUCAAAAGACUGCAGUAUUUUGGUACUUAUUUAUUUCUAUUUUCUAUUUAUUGAGGAGGCAGUCACAAGAGAAACAUUUAAAGGUGCACUAAGUAACUUUUCUGGUGGAGGGUAUGUCACCUGCUUGUUUCCAUGGAGAUUUUAUUGCAUUGCCUGGAUUGCAUUGGGACAAGCAGUUAUGUUUUACAAGGCAUUUUUGAGUAAUAUAAAGUAAGUAAGUAAAUCUUUAUUUAUAUAGCACCUUUAACAGAUAAAAAAAAUCACAAAAUGCUUUACAGAGCAAAACAACAUAAAAACAACAUUAACAAGAACAGAGUAAUUACAGACACAGUAACUAAAAGCUUGUCUAAAUAGAAGUGUCUUGAACUGCUUUUUAAAAGAGUCUAUAGGGCUGUAUUUUUCGGACUAUAAGUCGCUCCGGAGUGUAAGUCACACCAGCCAAAAAAUGUGUAAUGAAGAAGAAAAACAUAUAUAAGUUGCACUUUUUUGGGGGAAAUUUAUUUGAUAAAAUUGAGACCAGGAAUCGACAUUUCAUCCUGAAAGGCAAGUUACUCAAGUUAUCUCACUCCAAAUCACUAAAAGCAUUGAAUUCUUCAUCCUCAAUGUCACUUCUGAGCAACUUCGCGACCUCCGGAGGUAAACGGAGCACCACUUCCUUUUCUGUGUAGCUGUCGUCAGACUCAGCAUCGUUUCCAGUUAGAAUUAUUCCGGACUUUCUGAAUCCCGACAGGAUGGUUUCGGUCGUCACUUAAACUUUAAAUUUUCAGUGGUGCAGAAAUAAUAGUGCGAUCGACUGACAUGGUCCCAGACAGGACAGCGGCUUUUUCUGCAGGAGACAUGCGCAGUAGAGCCAAGUGACAGUGGUACAGGCGUAAUAGUAGCAGCAGAUAGUAGCACACAAGCCUAGAGCGCCGUCUCGAGAUUGUCAUUGUGAACAUUUUAAUAUAAAAGUUGCACCGGAGCAUAAAUCGCAGGACCACCUAAACCAUGAAAAAAAAAAAGUGCCACUUAUAGUCCAAAAAAUACGGUAAUUUACAUUGAAAGAUACCAGGCAAUGCAGUAACAUCUCCAUGGAGACAAGAAGAUAGUAGACCUUCCCACCCAUCCCUCUAUCAGAAAAGUUACAUAGUGUGCCUUUAAUAAAAGCACUGGCAGUUGAAUUGCUUUAAAAUAUAAAAGUAAAUAAUAAAAGAUUCAUAUUGUGAAUUCAGUUUUGCUUAAUUCUUGUCUCAGAUCCCACGUGUUUUGCCAUUUUCCUUCAAAGUUUUGUGUGGACAAGUUACAGACUAUAAAACUUUUAAUUUCUUAGUUCUUAAAAGGCCCAUAUUACGCUAUUUUCUGAUCUGUGAUGGAGUUUAAAGUUGUUUUCUCAUCACAAACAUGCCUGGAUCAUGACAUCACAAGGUGGAACAGAGCGUUUUGAACUAGAACUUUGAACUAAUAUGAAACAAAACACAACUCCAGGUCUGUUUUUGAUGAGGUAACAGCAGUAUAACACGUCUUCAAGCUCACAAGAGUCAAUUUUGCAAAAUACACGACUUUAUUUUUGGAUUUUCAAAAACAUUCCAAUUUUCAAUCCUGUAUUUUUCACAUCCACAUCGAUGCAAUGACCCACUUUCCAAUCUCUGUACAAAGAAUUAUGAAAAAAUGUAACCCAACCAUGUUUAUUUAUUAAAAAAUAGCUGUACAUAUUUCAUUUUUUACCCUAUUCUCUGAGCCUGAUAGCUUUCCUUUCACUCUCCCUCUCAUCUGUACAAAAACCCGACGUUGGCAUGUUUCUGUCUCAUUACGAAGACAAAAUGAGCUCACAACAGCGGACUGUGACAUUUUAGACGCGUUUUUCUUUGGACUAAAUGAAGGAGGAUCCGCUGCUUUCACGCCAGAACAUUUCAGACCACCUUUUUGUGACGAUUUCUGCCUCCGAGCUUGUUAUUUUUGUCUAUUAAUUAUCGCCAUACACACAGCUCUCUCCAGAUGUUGUCAGAUUGAUUUUCGUAGCUUGAGGCGGACAUCGAAAACAUGAUUUCAUCCAUCACGGACAACUUCACUGCCAAAGUUUUUUUUUUUUUUUCUCUCUCUCAAGGACGAGCUGAAAGUGUACAGGGCUAAUGAGAAAGUGUGGUUGCUGAGAUGGAGCGGGGUCUGAAGGUUUUAGUGCGCGUCCUUGAACUCGAAAAUAUUUAUUGGAAGAGCGAGCAAUUGAAAAGUAAUGCAGGCUGGACUAAUAUGAGCAAGAAGUGUGGUGUUUUUCUCGAAAAUCUGAAGUUUAUUGAUACUUUGAGGUGAUACCGGGGGUGUUCUGCGCGUAUGUGUAUGGCAGAAUGUUCAGCGGUUACCGUGGUGACGAAAUGCACACACAAAUGCUGCCAAAAAGGUUUUAAGAUAAGAUAACUCAAGAAAAAAAUACAAAAAUGGAUUAAAACAGCACAUUUUCAGGAGCCUGUGAUCAAUUCGAGCGUUUGUGAUUCUGUUUAGGAGUUUGAUUUUCAACAAAAAGGUGAGAGACUAAUUGAAAAACUGUUGGGACUGUAAUGUUAUUUGAGAGGGACUAGUUUAACAGCACAAAUCAUCUCUCCUCAAGCUCUUUCUGGUCAGACUGUGUUAAAACCAAGUCCAGAUUAAAGUCCAAGGCUACGUCCACACGACAACGCUCCUAGAUUUUUUUUUUUUUUGCAGGUUGAAAAAAAUGUGCGUCCACCCUCGUGUCGGAUCAAUAAAUAUUCACGUCCAGACGACAGCGGAGCACUGAGUGAAAACGACGUAAUACAUCUGCCACACCUGUAUGUGGCGCUGUUAACCCUCUCAGGCUCAAGUUAAAUUUUAGUAACAGGAAAAAAUCUGAUAUUUGGGGAAAAUGAUCAUAUGGAGUAGUAAUAUAUAAUCCUGACUUUUUUUGAGAGACCUUCACAUCCAGUGAGUUCUGGGAUGUUGCAGAUUUGCAGCAUUGGUCCGGUGUGGUAAAUUAACACUGAAGACUGAGAAUGAUAUGAACACUAACUGUAUGUGUAAACCACUUUUCAUAACAAUGAAAACAUAAAGCUCAGUGUAACAGCUUUACAGUGGCAGAAAAACAUCACUUUUUCAUGUGGUUCUCCAAGAAACAAUUUUUAUCCUUUGUAAAGCACAAAAGUACUUUGCACUUCUGGCAGGCUGUUUGUGUGUAGUCAUUCUUGCACAGUCUGCAUCGUCCACGUUUAUCAACAUGGAUGGGAAAAAAGGCUCCUGAGUAAAAAAAAGCUCAUAAAAUAUGGAUUUGGAGUAAAGUAGGUAAUUGGCAUUUAGCUGUUGCAAAUCUGCAACGCCUGCCUGGAGAGGGUUAACAAUGAUAAUAAUACAUUUUAAUAAUGCUUAUCUCAUCACCUUUUUUAAACUUUAAGGUAAUUUAGACUGUUUUAGAUGUUUCCCACAAAUAUCGCCGUAUUGUUUUGCAAAAGUUAAACAAAAGUUUUCGUUUUUAGGCAUAAGAUUUGGAUGAGAAUUAUUAGAGUAACUUGGUCUCAAAAUCCAACAGUUUAAUUACUCGUGCAUAGUCUUCGUUAUUGAUCCGUGUGCGUGAUCUGCGUGGUGCGUGUUGUUAGUAUUGGCGUUAGCAGCGAGUCUCGGUUGCUGGGCGACGGGAGCGGCUUCGUAGGCUACACCUGUCACGUUUCGGGAGGAGGUUAGUUCGAGGGCUGCAGCCUUCACUGCAUCAGAGGACCCUGGAGAUGACGGGGUUGCAUCGUUUUCCAAAUGCUGCGGUUUUCUCGUCCACACAACAACGCGACGCCAGCAUUCUCAGAUUUCUCCACUUUGGAACCCAUUCUUAAAAAAGACCAUUUUCACACACUCAAAACGCCGGCUCCAUGUGGACGAAAGACCAAAACGAAUAAAAACUUCAUCGUUUCGACCAAAAAACGUUGUCAUGUGGACAGGCCCUUAGACAGAGAAGUGUCUAGAGUUAUCACCACACCCUUGGGGAAUGUUGAUGGCAUCAGCUGCAAAGUAUCAAUAACAGAGUGGAAAAUAUUGGGAGGUUUUGUGGUGAGAUUCUGAAAACUACAGUUAAACAGUUACAUAUAUUACAGCUUUUUUGUGUUAUUAUUACAAGGGGCACUGUAUAAAGAACUGGUUUAUAAAUACAAAUCUGAGGGACAAAUCGGUGUUAAUUUCAUCAACUAAAAUAUUUCGUCAUAAUUUCCACCAUCUUUUAGCUGACUACAUAAAAGUUCAUUAUCAUUACUAAAACAAGACUAUUAUUUCAUAGAUUUUCACCAGCUAAAAUGAUGGCUACAGAUGUUUUUGUUGAAUAAUAAAACUAAACAUAAACAAAUGACUGGUACGGGUGGAAAAAGAUCACCACUUUUAAAUCCCAGACCUCGUGAAGCAAUGCAAUACAAUUUGUCAUUGAAGUAUUUCAGUUAGUUAAAAAAAGACUUAAACAAAAAUUAUUAUUGGACUAAAUCUUGGAGAGAGAUCUGGCUGCAGAUUUUCACCCAGAGGAUUGUCAUGUGACGUACCUCCACGCACAGGUUUUCAGUGUAACGUUACUAAAGUCGACAUUGUUUUACACUAAAAACCAGUGUUUCCCAAACUUUUUUUCUGGGCACCCAUAGUUUAAAAGUCACAAACCUUCACAACCCAAGUCAAUAGACAUUAUUCAUAAAACACAAAAUAAAUUAAAGCUAGAUUUGACCGUUAUUUAACAUUAAUGAGGAUAUUUUAUUGAGUGUCUCUCUGAACAAUUAGUUUUACUCAAGUUUUAAACAAUGAAAAACUGAAAUUGAAGCAGCAAUAAAAGGAUCUAUAAGUCGCCUAUUUGGACUUUAAAUGUCCUCUAAUUCUUUUUCUUUUCAACAUUCACUUGAAACAGCAAUAUUGGAAGAAAAUAGUCAAUAAAAUAAUUACAAAAAGAUUAGAAAUUACACAAAACAUGUCUUAACAUUUCAACAUUUCUAGUGAGAUAGCUGAGUUUUUUUAGGCAGAAAUGUAUAUUGCAGACCGACAUGCAGAUCUUGAAAAGGCGACCUAAAAAAAAUCUCUUGCGACCCACCUGAGAGUCACAGCCCAGUCUUUGGUAAACAAUACUAAAGACAAGCCCAACCUUUCCGUUUAACCAUAAAAGAUUUGUGCCUAAUCUUAACCAGACACACAGACACAGAGCCAAAACAAAACGACUCUGUUCUUUUGUAUUUACGCAAUUGUAGGCGACAUGUUCACAAUUAAAUGUUUUAUGUUUUACAGCCGAGACAGCACAAAGAUAACUUCAAAUUAGGACACUUUUAGAAAUUUAUUGGGGAUUAAAUGUACAAUCUUUGAAGCGCUAAUACAUGCAAAAAAAAUGUAUUAGCUUUUAAUAACGUUUAAUUGCGAUCUAAGGCAAAAACUGUAAUUAAUUUGCUUAUAAAGAAGUGAAAAUGGCGAGGGACACGUGGGUGGAGGUGCAUCCCGGUCGAGUUCUGCAGCCAGACUCUGCUGAAAUGUUAAAUUGUGUAACUUUUCUGGUGGAGAAUCCGCCGCCUACGUUUCUCCACGGAGAUGUUAUUGCUUUGUCUGAAAUGUUUCGCAGUAUGGCAUUAAACCUUUCUAUCAUGACGGAAACCACGUUACAGGCCAGAUCUGUGGACUACCUGAACAUUUGAAGCAGAGCAACGACGUAUCGAUAGAAACAAGACAGCGACGGAUCCCUAAAAAUUAUAUUCGUCAAAAAAACAGUAGCCGUGCAAAUUUCCUUUUAACACCGUUCGGAGCAGUGGAGAAAAGUGAAGUAAAUAACCCCUUGUAAAUAUAAAAAGUGUAAAUACGUGCUUGCAAAAACACUAUCUUCACCAGCGUCGUUAAACAGCCACACCGAUAGGAUCUUCAUCAUACCGGGGCCUGUCAGAUUUACAUAUUUUUGUCACAAAGUUCUUGGUUGACCUCCCUCACCACAACAUCUACUACAGAUACACACACACACAUUCUCGAUACUUAAUGUUCCUUUAAGCUUACAGUGUUCGUAUCAGCCUCAUCUUUGUAAAUAUUCUCCUUUGCCAUACAGGAAUAUCUAAACAAAAAAUGUACCAUCAUGUUUAUCUUUAAAUCAAUUCCAAAAUUUGAUGAAUCGGUGCCAAAUCUACUGUAAUCUUCCUGUUGCAUAAGGUAGUUUUGUCUGGUAUGUUAAAGGGCCCAUAUUACACUAUUUCCUGAUCUAUGUUGUAAUGUUGUUUACCUCGAGUUGUGUUUUGUUUCAUUCGUACAUGUUUAACACGCAAACAGAAAACACUUGAUGUCGUGUGGAGGAAGUACAGGAAGUGCUUCAUUAGAAUCAUUUGGACAAUUUCAGACCUGGAAUUGCCAAUUUGUACUCAAUUAAUGGUAAAAUGUAGCGCGAAAACUACCGCUUCAUGACAUCACGAGGUGGAACAGAGCAUUUUGAGCUUUGGAGAUGGAGACAGACUAAUAAAAAAUAAAAGGUUGCUCAAACAUUUGUGAAUGAAACUAAACACCUUCAGAUAGGGCUGAACGAUUUUAAGACAAAAUUGAAUUGCGAUUUUUCUGGCAGAUAUUGCAAUUUUGAUUUCAUCCACGAUUUUUUAUUUUUCAAAUCAAGUUUCAGUGCACAUGAACAUUUGCAAACAUCACAAAAACUUACAUUAUACCGCACCGUUUGGACCGUUUGCGCACAUUUGUUUACGUUUUACAGAAACAAAACUUAAAACCGCAUGGCUAAUUUACAUAAACUAUAAGCGAUGAAAAAAAAACGCUCGCAAAAAUCAGCUCUUUCCUUGUGCGCUGAUGCGGUUCAGCUUCUGUCGGACUAAAGGACACAACUACGAGUGUUCUUUCUGUGACAGAGGAGGUGCUGCUGAUGGUGAGUCUGUUCUGUGCUUCUAUCACGUUGAGGUCGGUUCGUGUUAAACUUUACACGAACGCCAGGUUUAAACCCUCGCCUCCUAGCGCCGUUUCACCGACCUCGACGCAGAUCCAUAAGGUGACGGUGGCAGUGUACGUUGAGUCGACGCAGAACUAAACUUCGCCCUUAAAUUGGGUUUUAGGAGCACCGCAAAAAAAAAAAAAAAAAUACAGAUUUGACGCUCCCAAAAUCGUGUUGUCUGAGAUCGCGGUUUUCGGUCCAAAACGACUAACUCCAGGUAUGUUUUUGAUGAGGUAACAGCAUUCUAACAUGGCUUAAAGUUCACAAGAGUUAAUAUUGUGUAUUAUCGGCCCUUUAAUUGCCAAUGCAGGAUCUAAACCAAGACCAGUCCAAGUACAACAAGGGGACUAAACCGUGUCUGAACUAGGACUAAACCAGACUAAGCUAAAACUAAACCGAAUCUAAACUCGGACUACUUCAGGUAUGAGACCGUUCUAAACCAGGUCUACAACUACAACUAAACCAGGAUCAGCCUGUGUAAUAUAAUCCUGGGCUUUUCAAGAACUUUUUGUGUGGCCCUGAACUUAAAGCUUUGAGAACUUCCUGCUUUCAUACGCGUUCAAUGCCGUAGCACAUCCACUAUAAUAUGGACUUCUAAGUGUUGUCUUUGGAAUGAACUGUAAUGGUUUGUAAAUACUGCAUGCUUCUCAAACGGUGGACCGCGGACCAAAAAGAGGCCCACUUUAAAACAAUACAUAAGAGCUGGACAAUGGCCUGGACUGGACUGUCAGUUAUGGAUCAGGUCUGAAGAUGUGUCAGGAAAAGGAGUGUAAUGUUGAGAGAUGUAAAUAUUCCUUCUUGAUGUUAUAAUAUUAAACCGAUUCCAACUUA